AGGGAGGGGACGGUCCUGUCACCCAAACGUGGAAGCCGGAGUCUGGGGCUGUUUGGCAGCGCCGCGUAGCCGCCUGCCGGGGCACAGAGUGGGCACGCUGAACUACGGAACCCUCCUCCGGAGGACUACAUGUGCCGGGCUCCCGAUGGUCCCCUGAUCCCCGGGACCGUGGACGAAGCUGACCGCGAUCAAGAUGGAGAGCGAAAAGAAGAGGAGAAAAUACUCCACGAGCAGCAACGACUCGGACACCACCGACAGUCAGGUGACGUCGUGGUCCCGGUCGUCCAAGAACACGGGCACCAGCAGCACUUGGGUCCACCACCAGCACAAGAAACCAUCAGAGGUGUUCCGUACCGACUUCAUCACGGCCAUGAAGCUCCCGGACUCGAACCAGCUCGGCCCGGACGACUUCUAUGUGCUAUCGGACCCUUGGAGACAAGAGUGGGAGAAGGGGGUGCAGGUGCCCGCCAGCCUGGAGGCCAUCCCAGAGCCUGUGGUCAGGUCGCUGUCGCCGGGCGGGCUUUCCGACGGCGGGCAGGAGAUUGGGGGCGGCGGCGAGGACCAGGCUCCUCCCACCCAGCGCUACAGCGGCUACGACCUGGACGACCUGGACGUGGCCUGGCUGGAGCUGGUGAACCACGAGUUCAGGCAGAUGGCGCUGCCGGAGCUGGACGAGCUGACGAUGGAGUGCGUCCUGGUGCAGCUGGAGGGUGCGUGCGAGGAGAAGAUGCGUCAGGCCAUCGAGACGGAGGAAGGCCUCGGCAUCGAGUACGACGAGGACGUGGUGUGUGACGUCUGCCGCUCGCCGGAGGGAGAGGACGGCAACGAGAUGGUGUUCUGUGACAAGUGCAACGUCUGCGUCCACCAGGCGUGUUACGGCAUCCUGAAGGUUCCCCAGGGCAACUGGCUGUGUCGGACCUGCGCUCUGGGCGUCCAGCCCAAAUGCCUGCUCUGCCCCAAGAGAGGGGGGGCCCUCAAGCCCACCCGCAGUGGAACCAAGUGGGUCCACGUCAGCUGUGCCUUAUGGAUCCCCGAGGUGAGCAUAGGCUGCCCAGAGAAGAUGGAGCCCAUCACCAAGGUGUCCCACAUCCCCGCCAGCCGCUGGGCUCUGUCCUGCAGCCUCUGUCGAGAGCACACGGGAACCUGCAUACAGUGCUCCAUGCCCUCCUGCAUCGUGGCCUUCCAUGUGACGUGCGCCUUCGACCACGGCGCCGAGAUGAGGACCAUCCUGGCCGAGAACGACGAGGUGCGCUUCAAGUCCUUCUGCCUGGACCACAGCUGCUCCGCCGGCGGCGCGUCGGCGGCCAACAACCUCUCCGGUUCGACCGGCGCGAGCAACGGCAACAACCGCGCCGCCAACCGACCGGACUGGGGCGCCGCCGGCCCCGGCCCCGAGCCGCUCCACCAUCAGCACCAACCGAACACCGGCGGCGGCGCCGCGGAGCCGAGGGCGCCGUCGGCGUCCGAGCAGCGGGCCGAGCGCGAGCAGCUGGAGAGGGAGAAGGUGAGCCAGAGGAAGCAGAAGCUGCAGGAGCUGGAGGACGAGUUCUACCAGCUGGUGGACCCCCGGGAGGUGGCCCGGAACCUGGCGCUGCCCGUCCCACAGGUGGACUUCCUGUAUCAGUUCUGGAAGAUGAAGAGGAAGUCCAACUCCAACCGACCUCUGGUGACCUUGAAGAGGGACGAGGUGGACAACCUGGCGCAGCAGGAGCAGGACGUCCUGUACAGACGCCUCAAGCUCUUCACACACCUGCGCCAAGACCUGGAGAGGGUGCGUAACCUGUGCUACAUGGUGACGCGGAGGGAGAAAAUGAAACACACCAUGUGCGACCUCCAGGAGAAGAUCUUCCAUCUGCAGAUACAACUCCUGGAAGAGGACGUUGCUGGAGAGCCGGGAGACGCCUCACCUUUUGACACCAGUCCGGACUUUAGUACAUCAGCCAGAGGCCCGCCGGUGAAGAGCCUUAAAAAGAAAAGCCAGAAGGGAGGAAAGAGCAAGCAAGCGAAGGAGAAAGGAAAGGAGAGAAGGAAGAGUAGCCCUGAGAAGAAAAAGGACAGAUUGAAGCCGGAGAACGGCUCCCUGCUGAAAGAGCUAGGUUUGUCAAAGUCGUUCCCGCUGGACAACUCUUUGUUCGACAGCUGGCUCGCUCAGACGGUUCAGAUCACCGCUGACGACAUGCUGAGCCAGUGGGCUCUGGGGGCCCAGCACCGGGACAAGAGCGGCAGCCUGCUGUCCGACCAGCUCCUUCAAGGCGAAGAGAGCCUGCUGAACCUGAGGAUGGAGAACUCCAUGCAGUCCACCUGGAAAACGCCUCAGCUGGGCCGCAAACCGCGAGGGGGCAACAAGCCGCGCGUCCGUGGACACCCGCCAGCCGCCGCCCGCCACCCGCCGCCCGCCGCCGCCGCCGCCGCCGCCGCCGCCUUGCCCGAGACGCCUCCGUCUGCGCCGGCCGCCUCCGGCAGCCCGUCCGCCGCAAAGCAGCCGCAAAGCUCGGCGGAGGAAAAGCCGGCGGGCCGAAAAGGGGAGAGGCCCCGGGGCUCCUCCAAGGCCUCGCACCACUACUACCUUCACCCCCACCAGACGAGGAGCUCCGACCUGCACCGGGACCCGCCGCCGCCGCCGCCCAUCUCCAAGAUGGAUUCCUGUCACAUCUCGGAGGACCGCGGCCCGUGGGACAGCGUCUGCGCGGGGAACGGCGUCCCGUCCGGUCUCGCCGCCAGCUCGUCUCCGCGUCCGGCCUCCAGCCCCGGGGCGACGUUGCCCGACUCGGGCGCCAUCGUUCGCGGCAGGGUGCCGCGGCUCCGCCUGUCCCGCCGGGGUAGGUCCAGAGGCCGGGGCGUCGGCGGCGCGGGGCCGGAGGCGGGGGCGAGAAAGGACACGCCCCCGCCGGACGCCGCCGAGACCGACGGGUACUUCUCCGACGGCGAGCAGAGCGAGCCAGACACGCGCUCCGCCGCACGCAAACUCCGUUUGCCGCAGUUGCAUUCUGGGAAAGAGGACCUGCUGAGAAGGAGCGUGCUGGCCUCAUAG